GCUACUAUAGAUCAAUGGGUUGAUACUUUAUGACAUCUUACACAGGCGUCGUAAACAAACGUGAGAAGAAAACAAGUGGAGAACAAACAGUGACAUCUGUGUGCGUGUAGGUAGAUCAUGGUUAAGGAAAGACAAACUUGGUGGUUUUUGGAUCCGAAGGACAACCUUUUACACAUCAAUGUGGGUGGGUUGAGGCACACUCUAUGUUCAAGCAUUCUGAAGAAGUUUCCGGACACGCGUCUUGGCCAGCUCUUGUCCUGUGACUCAGAAGAUGACAUUCUACAGCUCUGUGAUGAUUUUGAUGUUCAACAGAAAGAGUUUUACUUCGACCGUAACCCUGGCCUUUUCCCUUAUGUCCUGCACUUCUACCAGACUGGCAAGCUGCACAUUAUGGAAGAGCUGUGCAUUUUCUCCUUCUCUCAGGAAAUAGAGUACUGGGGCAUCAGUGAUUUUUUUCUGGACAGCUGCUGUAGUUACCGUUACCUUGAUCGUAAACUGGAGAGACAUCAUAAAUCGUGGGAUGAAGAAAGUGAUGUUAGCAGUGUGGAUACGUCGGUUGAUGAGAUUUCUGAUCUGAACAAAGAUAUCGAGCACUUCCAUGAAAUGCGUUUUGGAAACAUUCGAAAGUGUCUGUGGCUAACAUUGGAAAAUCCAGGUUAUUCAAUUCCUAGCAAACUUUUCAGCUUGCUUUCCAUUUGUGUGGUGUUGAUAUCAAUUGCCACCAUGUGUAUCAAUAGCAUUCCAGACUACCAGAUAUUUGAUGAAAAUGGUAAUCCAACCGAAGACCCAACUAUGCAUGUUUUAGAAGUGUUCUGCAUCUGCUGGUUUACCUUUGAGGUAGUAACACGUAUGCUUCUUGCACCAAACCAUCGUAAGUUCUUCCUGCUACCACUAAACCUGAUUGAUAUCAUCUCAGUGAUGCCAAUUUACAUCACUAUCUUUUUUGAUCUGCUCAUUGGGAGUGAGUCAGAGCUAGACAACUUGGGAAAACUGGUCCAGGUGUUGCGGCUGAUGAGAAUCUUCAGGGUGCUGAAGUUGGCUAGGCAUUCAACAGGGUUAAGGUCACUAGGUGCGACACUACGGCACAGCUACAGAGAAGUUGGAGUCUUAUUACUGUACCUGGCAGUCGGUGUAUCAGUGUUCUCCGGAAUGGCUUACACUGCAGAAUAUGAAGAAGAUGUUGGUUUGGACACAAUCCCAGCAUGCUGGUGGUGGGGGACUGUUAGUAUGACAACUGUGGGAUAUGGAGAUAUAGUGCCAGUGACAGUGGCAGGAAAGCUGGCAGCAUCUGGCUGCAUCCUAAGCGGCACAUUAGUUGUGGCACUACCCAUCACCAUCAUUUUCAACAAGUUUUCACAUUUUUACCGCAAACAAAAAGCUCUUGAGGCUUCAGUACGAAACAGCAACAACAAGAGGCUUAUAAUAAGACAACAGAGUAAUAGUGAAGACAGCGCAAUACAUGGUCAUAACCAUUGUUUGGAGGAUGAAGAGGAUGAAGAUGUGAAUUAUGAGAGAGGAGUUGUCAACUUUUGCUAUGAAGACCAUCCACUGACUAAUAGAUUCUGAUGUG